AGACAAAUAUAAAUCUGAUUCUCUAGAUUUGGCACAAAGUCCAAUCCAACAAAUAUAGGCCACAUCCCCUUCCUCGUAUUACCAAUCUACCAUGGUUUGUUGCAUCACUCAUAAAUCAUAAUAGUGUAUAAAUAAAUAAAUCUCAAAAAAAUAGUCAGAGAGCAAAAACAUUUUGAAAAAAAACAGAAACCAUGAACGUAGAAGAAGAAGUUGAGCGACUCAAAGAAGAAAUCAAGAGGCUUGGCAAGCUCCAAGACGAUGGUUCUUACAAGGUUACAUUUGGCGUAUUGUUUAAUGAUGAUAAGUGUGCAAACAUAUUCGAAGCACUCGUGGGUACACUAAGAGCAGCAAAGAAGAGGAAAUUUUUGACAUAUGAUGGGGAGCUACUGCUGCAAGGAGUCCACGACAAUGUGGAAAUCAUACUCAAACCCGCCCCGGCUGCUGUGGCAGCAGCAACUAGUGCAGUUGUCACUUAAAAAUGUGUGCUAUUACUCAUCAGAUCUCCUUGUGUGCCAUUACUCAUCAGAUCUCGUUUUGAAGUUAAUCAUGAUGUACUGCUCUAUGAUGUAUCUUACUUCUGAUAUUAUGUUUGUUGUCCUUUAUUUCUAUGUCACGAAUUUGAGCUCAGAAGAGGAAAAUCCAUGUAAUAUGUAUGUCUUUUCCUACAAGGUACCAUACUAUGUACAAUAUGAAGGGUAUGAACUCUCUUCAGUUAUUAAUAUAUGCAUCUGGACAUUAAGAUA